AUGACUCCAGCUGCUAUCAGAGAUAUCGUCUCCGACCCGUCCUUGCUGCCCGUGUUGAAUACCGCCGGCGAGACUCGGGAUCUUUGUCACAGGCUGCUGUCCCUGUUGGACCCGUCACUCACACCCGACCAGAUAUCCGAAUCGCCACAAACCGUCCAGAAGCACCUUUUCGCUCUUCUCGCCCAGCUCCGUGGUCAAAAUCGCGAUGCCAUCUUCCGAGUUCGAGACACCAAACAGGGCACCGCGGAGGCCCGGCAGGAGAUCGACCGGUUGCAUCUUCAGCUUCAGAACCUGUAUUACGAGCAGCGACACUUGACUGGAGAGAUUACUGCUUGCGAGUCUUACGAUCACAAGUACCGAUCGCUUCCUCUAAUACCAGAGGAAGAAUUCUUUGAACUACAUCCCGAGCACCGCGAGUCGAACGAGCAUGAACUGAUGGUUGCGCGAAUCAAUCACGAACAUGCAGAACGCGAAAAGCUUGAACAGGCUCGGCAAGAACUCCUCAAGCGCAAACAAGCGCUGAUUACCGAAAAUAACAAGCGGAAGGAAGAUUUGGCCAGCCUCGACCAGGAUCUCGAGAAGUUUAUUGAUGCUGCGAAACCAAUCCAGAAACUUUUCGAAAAGGAGUAUUAA